GUGAAAGUAGCCAUAUCAUGGAGGUUGCCAGCGUAGACCCCAUAGUGAAGGAGCGGUCGGAGCUACUGGAGCGUACAGCCCUCCGUGCCUGUGCUCAUCUUCUGGUACCAUCAUCCUGCCCUCCUACUAUACUACUACGUAGUCUGCAUAGCUUUCUAGCAUGUGUAGGGGUUAUGACGGCCAAAGGCAGUGGGAAGGACUUCGAGGUUGAGGAGAUGAUAGUCAGGGAGAUGUCGAGAAUGCUCAUGCGGCCAUCACGAGAGGAUUUGCCAGCCCUACCGGAGAGGCUGCGAAGGCAUUCAUCUCCCAGACGCGUCACGGCGUUCGAGCCCAGCGGGGACGAGGAGGUUUCCGUUAUUGAUAUCUGUAAAGUAUUGGCCCUCGCCCUUCUCGAUGUUGAAGGGAAGAUGGUAGAGGAUUUUGCCAACGAAGCCACGAAUGAGCCUCGAGAACGUUUGAUUGCAGCACUGAAGCUGUUGAUGGGUACUCCUACAGCCUUGGAGCGAAUGAAGACGAUCGAGUUAACUUAUGGAGGUGUCGAAGAACACGAGGCUCCACUCUCUGACUCGACCACCAGCCCUGUUGUGGGCCGCUCGCGCCGACGGAGGACCGUUCGCUCCUCGGCUUCGUCAUCGUCUCCAUCGACCAUUGCACUCACUUCCUCACCCUUGCCUGGAGGCACGGACGCCUCGUCAA